AUGCAUGGGGAUGGGUUGUUAUAUUUGGAGGAAGUGUACUGUACUGAUAAGAUUGCACGGGUCACCCAAGACGAUUGUGGACCUACUGAUGGCUAUAUGCCAUUUAUUUUACUAGCAGCUUUGCUGCAGGUGCCGAUAGUCAAAGAAUAUGCUGAUGUUUUUCUUGAAGAACUGUCUGGAUUGCCACCAACUCGAGAGGUAGAAUUUGUAAUCGAACUUGUGCCUGGAACAACUCCAAUUUUGGUAACACCAUACAAGAUGGCCUCUACAGAAUUGAAAGAGUUAAAAGUACAGUUGCAAGAGUUGUUAGAUUGCGGAUUCAUUCGACUAAGUUUGUCACCUUGCGGUGCUCUAGUUCUGUUGGAAGUUGGUUUUCUAGGACACAUAUUAAUUGUUGAUGGAAUCAAGGUUGAUCCGAAUAAAGUAUUUGCGAUUAUUGAUUGGAAAAUUUUGAAGAAUGUUUUUGAAGUACGAAGCUUCUUGGGAUUAGCCGGAUACUAUCACCAUUUUGUUAAGAACUUUUCCGUUAUAGCAUCUCCGAUGACUAAGCUACUACAAAAAGAUGCUAGUUAUGUUUGGACUGAAAAAUGUCAGAAAAGUUUUGAGCAAUUGAAGAACAUGUUGACUGAAGCUCCUAUUUUGAUCCAGCCUGAAUCCAAGAAAGAGUUUAUUGUUUAUAGUGAUUCAUCUCUUGGUGGAUUAGGAUGUGUUUUGAUGCAAAGUGGAAAAGAUAAUUUGACUACUGAAUACAGUAUUGGUGAUGAUGGUAUGUUGCUUUACCAUGAUAGAAUUUGUGUUUUGAAUAAUUCAGACUUGAAACAUGAUAUCUUAUCAGAGGCUCACAUUAGUACGUAUUUUAUUCAUCCUGGUAGCACGAAGAUGUAUUGUGAUUUGAAACAGAUGUAUUGGUCGCCAGCUUUAUCUGAUGAUAAAGAAGAUAAUGAAGAACCUGCCACUACAAACAAGCAUACCAAAGAGCUCGUGAGAGAUGAAAAACCAAUAGAAUUUGUACACCUUGACUCUGACAAGGAGGAUGAUGACUGA